AUAGUCUAUAGUAUUUACGUUUACGUACACGUCAUUGAUCAAUUUUAUGUGCGGCUAAUAUUAAGAUAGAAAAAUGAAGAUUCCACUAAUUUUAGGAGUUAUAGCGACGUUAUCACUAGCUUUAGCUGAACAAGAAACAUUGGUACUUGUCGAUAAUCUCAAUAUUAGAGAAACUCAUUCACAGUUCUUCAAAUCUCUGCAAGAUCGUGGCUACACUCUCACAUACAAACUAGCGGAUGACCCUAACCUAUUGUUAUCUAAGUAUGGAGAGUACUUGUACAAGAACUUGAUCGUGUUCGCGCCCUCGGUGCUCGAGUUCGGAGGUCAAAUCGACACAGAAGCCAUCACAAAAUUCAUUGACGAUGGCGGCAACCUGCUCAUGGCUGGCAACGCAGCCGCCGGCGACGUGUACAGGGAAAUCGCUUCUGAAUGUGGAUUUGAGAUGGAUGAAGAAUCAGCAGCAGUCAUAGACCACUUCAACUACGAUGCGUCUGAUGAUGGAGAGCACACCAGGAUUGUGGUGCCUCCCAAGAACCUGAUCUCCUCUCCCACUAUCGUUGGAGACCAGAACACCCAGCCGCUGCUGUUUGAAGGCACUGGUCUCAUCCUGGAUAAGGACAAUAGCUUGGUGCUGCCUAUCCUAACUGCUGACUCUACUGCCUACAGCUACAACCCUAAGAGUCAGGUGAAGGAGUACCCCCAUGCUGUUGGUCGCAAGACUGUGCUGAUAGCUGCCCUGCAGGCGAGGAACAAUGCCCGCAUUGUUUUUAGUGGAUCUCUGUUCUUCUUCUCUGAUGAAGCCUUCAACUCUGGCAUUGCUAAAGUUCACGGUGACAAAGUGAGCUCAGCUCAGUCCGGCAACAAGGCUCUAGCGGUUCGUCUGAGCGAGUGGGCGUUCGGCGAGCGCGGCCGCCUGCGCGUACGCAACGUGCACCACCACCGCCAGGGGGAGAAGGACUCCUCCAAUACUUACACCAUCACUGACACUGUUGUAUACAGAAUCGAAAUUGACGAGCUGAAGAAUGGCAAAUGGCAACCAUUUGAAGCCAAUGAUGUUCAGCUUGAGUUUGUCCGCAUUGACCCCUUCAUUCGUACCACUCUCAAGAAGAAACCCAAUGGAGUGUACGAGGCUAUAUUCAAGGUCCCUGAUGUUUGGGGCGUGUACCAGUUCAAGGUGGAUUACGACAGAGUUGGGUACACUAGGCUGUAUCAUUCUACACAGGUGUCAGUACGCCCACUUCAACACACACAGUACGAGCGCUUCAUUCCGAGCGCGUAUCCGUACUACGUGAGCGCCUUCUCUAUGAUGGUGGGCGUGUUCCUCUUCUCCUUCGUCUUCCUCUACUACAAGGAGGACGCUCCUAAGACUAAGAGCGAAUAAUUUUAUCUUAGUUCAUAUAUUUUAUUCACAAUAGAAUCGUAGGAUGCUACAAGUGAGUGUUUGAAAAUGUGGGUUGCAAUCUGUUUGAAAUGUGAAUUAUAAUAAAUCUUAUUAUUUACUU